GAAGACACAGCCUACCCCCAGCCGGGUCCUCUGGGAAAGACCAGCAAGCAGCAGCUCCCCAACCAAACUGCCUGCCCUUCCUUUGACCCUCAGUGCCUGCCCAGGAGUCUGAGAGGGAGAAGACAAUGGAGCCAGACAGGAUUCCGAUAAAGCUUGACCCCAGGUACACAGCAGAGCUUCUGGAGGUACUGAAAACCAAUUACGGCAUCCCUGCUGACUGCUACUCUCACCCUCCCACUGCAGCCCAACUUCUGAGAGCAUUGACCCCUGUGGAACUAGGCCUCACAGUCCUCCUGACCUUGCUUACUCUUGGCUCUGUUGCCAUCUACAUCGAGGAUGCUGUCUACCUGUACAAGAACACCCUUUGUCCCAUCAAGAGAAGGACUCUGCUCUGGAGUAGCUCCGCUCCCACGGUACUGUCUGUGUUCUGCUGCUUUGGUCUGUGGAUCCCUCGCUCCCUCACACUGGUGGAUAUGGCCAUAAUCUCGUGUUAUUCAGUGUACUUUUACCUGCUGAUGCUGGUCAUGGUGGAAGGCUUUGGUGGGAAGGAGGCAGUAAUGAGGACAUUGAAGGACACCCCAAUGGCAGUCCAAACAGGCCCCUGCUGUUGCUGCUGCCCCUGUUGCCCGCGUCUUCACCUAACCAGGAAGAAGCUUCAGCUGCUGAUGUUGGGCCCGUUCCAGUAUGCCUUCCUCCGGAUAACGAUGGGCCUAGUGGGCCUGUUUCUCACCCCUGAUGGCAUCUAUGACCCAGCAGAUAUUUCUGAGAAAAGCACAGCUCUGUGGAUCAACACAGUCCUUGGAGUGUCCACCCUGUUGGCUCUCUGGGCCCUGGGCAUCGUUUUCCGUCAAGCCAGGCUGCACCUGGGUGAGCAGAACAUAAAAGCCAAAUUUGCUCUGUUCCAGGUACUCCUCAUCCUAUCUGCCGUGCAGCCAGCCAUCCUCUCAAUCUUGGCCAGUAAUGGGCAGAUUGCUUGUUCGCCUCCCUUUUCCUCUAAAAUCAGGUCUCAAGUGAUGAGUUGCCAUCUCCUCAUAGUGGAGACUUUUCUGAUGACUGUGCUGACUCGAAUGUACUACAGAAGGAAAGACAACAAGGUUGGAUAUGAACCUUUCUCUUCUCCAGACUUGGAUUUGAACUGCAAAGCCUGAGGUGGAUGACUUGAACAAUCAAAGAGACAUGUACUUAUUAGUCAAAUACAAGAUUUCACUGUCCCUCAACCUAGACAAAAUAGGGAAGGAUUCCAUUGCCAGCAGAAGCUGCGAUAUUACGUUUGGCAUCUACAAAGGUGAAUUUAUGCAAAAGUAUGGAAUUGUCUGGGACCUUGCCCAGGGGAGGUAUUUUAGAUUUUUUAAUAAACAGG